CUCAGAGGCUUUUUAUUUCCCGCGACUAUAGACAUGGGUGAACACAAUUUCCUUACCAGAUCUUGACAACUUUGAGCAAGAUAAAGCCCUGGCUUUCGCAUAUUGAGACGGCACAAUGCGCAUGGUCGUGUUGAUCUGGUCGCCAGGCUAAGCUAUGUGCAUUACAGGAGAUCAUGAUACUCCUUUUAUUUCUCCGUGUCAGUUUUUACUCGAUCGGAAAAAAUCACACUUAUUUAAUUCUACUAACAAUUUGUCUUCAAAUAAUUGCAAACAACAAAAACCUAUACACAACAGUGCCUUAUUUCCAAGUAUUUGCUCAUCAUCAGCUAAAUUUAUUACAACUGAACGUUCGGGAAUUCUGAUAAUCCUGUUUAUAUUAUUGGGCGAUAUACUCUGUGCAACAGCCAGGUUCACGCAUUUAUCUGAAAAAUUUCAAACAGUCGCUGAAGACAAGAAUAGUGAACUUGUAUUCCUAAAUCCUCCUGCUUCAUCCUCAGCAUUAAAACCAACAAGAUUUACUCGACGAACAAGCAAACCAUCGGGUAAAUUAGACGCUCGUAAGACUGAUAUAAAAACGUACUUGAACAAAGCUCGAAGACAUUUAUCACUUGACGGACAAAUGGAAAUAAAGUUUUUGAGUUCCGAACUUGUUGAAUUUAUUUGCCACCGACUUCCCGAUCCAUGUGCUCGCGCUGCUUACCUUCGUCAACAUGUCAGACACGAUUUGUGCUUUCGUUUGCCUUUAUUGUAUCUCCUUCCAUAUACUGAUUCUCGUCUGGAUAAACCAUAUUUGUCGGAAUAUAAACCUGGAACUUGUAAAGGAAGUCUAUCUCAUCUCACAUAUUUACCUUCAGAUAGUAUUUUUGAACAGUUUCUGACUCCGGUCCAUAUAUGUGAACACAGUCUACUUUCGCUAAAAAAGAUAAUGGACGAUAAUUUAACUUCACAUUUUGGAAUAUUUGAUGAUCUACUAGAAAAAUCAUUUUGUGUUAAACCAUUUGAUUCCCGCCCUAACGUAACAGGAGAAUGCCAAUGUCAGGAGUGUCAAGAAGCUUAUAGAAGUUGGUUUUGUGCAACAGAAUUCCCACUGUAUUAUCCACUUGAUGACGCAGAUGUAAGUAUACCUUUACACUCGAAAUCUCUGGAUUCUGAUAUAACUGACGUCGAAGUUAAUCGAAUUCAUGUUCCCGUCACAAUUUCAAAUUUAUCGACCAGUUCCAAAAUGCCUCGUCCUCGGAAGAGCAGUUACUUCUUAAAUAGAUCAUCACCGACACAACCAUUUGAUCUAUCUGUUGUAGAAUCUAUGUCAAAACCCAGGAAUAUAUAUCGAAAAUCUAACCCCACAGAAUUCCAGUUAGAUUCUCAUUUACUUUUUCGACUGGAAAUUGUACAACCCUGCAUUUCAUGGUGUACUCAGGUUGAGACUGUUUGCCCAUAUUUAAAUCCCGCUGAUCCUACCUCAAAUGGUGGUGAACCUGCAUUUUUGUGCGAUGAAAGUCAUUACCAUCACAGUUCAAGAUAUCAAGCAGUUUACUGGGAUGUGAAUACUUGUGAGUCUGAGUGUUGUUUUGGUGUGUCAGACUCAAUUCUUCUUUCUGUAUCCAUUCCCGAUAAGAAACAGUAUUCUACUCCAACUGAUUUUCUUUUAUCAUAUUCAUCUGAUGUUGAGGAAUCUAACGAUAAUGACUCAUGUAGUCAUUUACGUGAUCGCUGCCUUCAUCGACUUUUAUCAGUGCAUCAUUCAUCAUUGAUAUCAGAAUUUUCAUCUGUUGUUCCAGAUCAAACAUCAUCAAUAUAUUUCAAUUAUGAUUUCAAUCAAUCUAAUAGAAUUAAUUCCAAGAAUUUCAGUAACUACCAUUCAUUAUCUCCUGCUCUACAUAAAAUAGAUAGCAUUUCUUUUAAAAUUAUGCUUACGAUAUCGUUCACUUUUCAUUUUUUCAUUUGGUUACAUAACAUUCAAGUUUUAUUAUUUCAAAAUUUCACUUCGAUUUUUAUUUUUUUGCGUUAUCAUCAUGUGACGAUGACGAUUAUGAAUACUCAUCCAACAAACAAUAAUGAUGAUAAUAAUACUACUAAUGAAAAUACACAUUAUGUAUCAAGUUCCUUGAGUCAUCCACCAACUUCUUUAGUAUCACACCCAUCACUCUCUUUGUCUCAUUUUACAAAACAUUCAACUCCAUGUCGACCAUCGUAACAACAAUUUCUCGAUUAUCUUAUAAUGCGAUAGAUUAUCAUUAUCACUAUUACUAAUAGGUAACCUUUUUAUCUCUAUAUUUUAUAAUAAACAAAUGAGUGGAGAAAUUAAAAUCUACAAGGUCUUCGAAACGACAUCGCUUCGAGUAAAAAACAGUGAGUUUACUCCUUAUUAUAUAUUAUAAACUGUGUGCCGUUAAUUUCAUAUCACAUCACACCCAUAUAUUUGCUAUUAUGUGGUAAAAUAGACUUACGCCUAUUACCCCUUGUGGAGGAGCACAGGCCGCCCACCAGCAUUUUUCAUCGAACUCUGUCCUGGGCAAUGAUUUCCAUUUGUUAUACAUCCUUUUUAUGUCUGGCUCCAAUUCCCUGCAUAAUUUGUUCAUUAG